UUACCCCGAGAAAUGCUGGAAAUCGACUAAAAACCCGGAGAAACAUGAGAAAUUUAUCAAAAAUUAUCGAAAUUUAUCACAAAAGCAGUUACGGGAUGUCCGUUGCGUGAUUCAUGGCACGUUUGAAGGAUAACAGCUGUUAUCGAUCCGUAGUUUGUGAGGGAAUUUUCGCGUUUUGGGAUGGAAAAGUUGCUGUUCGAGUGACUUUUGGAUGCAUUUACGCGUGAUUCGGCUGAUAAUUCUGCGAAAAAUCAAUCAAAAUAAUCAUUGACACACUAACGAUGUACAGUGAAGUUCAAAGCUUUGCCGAUAAAGAUGAGAGAUGCGACGACUUUGACCUGAUUUGGCGUGAAACGAGCUUAAGUGACCCCAAAAUGGACCAAAAAAUGGAUUUUCAGCGCUAAUUAAAGCGAUUUUCAGUCCCGCUUGGAUCAAAAAGAGGCGAAAAAUCCAAAAUUUUGCCAAUUAUCGACCAAAUUCGAGCGAAUUCUCAAAUUCUCGCAACUCUCGAGAACAAAACUCUCCGGUAUCAUUUAUAAAAUCAAUCAAAAUAUUAAUUAUGCUAAUCAGUUAUCGUUCAGUUCUCGCUUCAAUCGCAUCUCACAUCACAAAAAUGGACCUCCGAACGAUAUUUUUCGUUUUUUGGGCUUUAAUUUUCGCCUCGGUGUCAGGUCGGGACAUUUCCUGCGGCUCUUCGUCACAUUUUACGAUCGGAUUUAUGGACUCCAAGGAAAUUAUUUGUGCCACAACGCACAUCACGCUUGCCGAAAACGACACUUUACGCUACACGGAUGCUCGGGAUCGCGAUUUUAACGUCUUGGAGUACUACGGAUGUCAGCUAAACACCUUUCCCGCGGAGGUUUUUGAACAAUUUUCGCACUUGCGGAAGGUAAAGAUGCCUGGAAAUGACCUGAAAAGCAUAAAAAAUGGCAGUUUUGAGAAGGCGACGUCACUUCGGGAGCUGCAUUUGAACAGAAAUAAGCUGGAAAGUGUUGGAAGAGAGACUUUUCGGGGAGCCGCGUCACUUGUGACACUAAAUCUGGAACAUAAUUCGAUAAAAAAUGUCGAUUUUUUGGCAUUUGACACGCUUGUUAGUUUGGAAAACUUGAAUUUAGCGUAUAAUUUGGUCACAGAAGUGCCUGUGGGACUCUUUGCGUCACUCACAAACCUCAAGGAACUUCAUUUUUACAGCAAUAAACUCACCUUUGUUCAUCCAAAGGCCUUUUGGCACAACAAAAAGUUGGAAAUUCUCGAUUUGGAAGGAAAUUUUUUGGUUACCCUUGACUUGCACAUCAAUUCGAGACACUUAUCGCUGCUAGAUGUGACAAAUAAUGACCUUACAAGUCUAAAAAUCGAUGGAAAUGUUAAAAAUUCGACGUCAAUUCGGAAGAUUUUAGCUUCGAACAAUCAUAUUCGCGUCAUAAAUGUUGAAAAAAACCUUCAAACGGAGAUAAUCGACCUUUCGAGGAACAAAUUGGAAGGAUUUUCGGACAUUUCGUUACCUUGGAAGACGUUGAAAAGUCUCUCAUUGGCAUUUAAUCCGGUAAAAACCCUUCCUCACGAUGAAAAAUACGGAAAUUUACAACAUUUGGACGUGAGUUUUUCAUUAAUUGACAUGAAAUCUACCGGAUUUGGCAGUUUUUCGGGGUUAAAAGUGCUUUAUAUCAAAGGAUUAAAGUUAAAUUCCUUACCUUUAAAGGCGAUUUCUGGCUUAGAUAAUCUUCAAGUGCUGAAUUUGCAUGAAAAUGACCUCCGAAGCUUCGAUUAUCAAUGGCUUUUGGUGCAAUUACCGAAUUUAUCGCAAAUUUCCUUCGACACGGAGAACUUUACAUGCGAUUUUGUGACAAAUUUGAUGGAUUAUUUGCGGAAUUCGAGCAUCACUGUCGUUCGAGAUGACCAAUUUCCACUUGAAAUUGAUGAUUUUCUUGUUUCAUCGCCUAUUGUUCUCAAAGUUGGCAGAAAUUGUCGAAAUCAAAGUUUGACAACGACAACUCCGAUUUAUGAAACUACUUUAUUAUAUGAAAUUUCAACCAAAGAGACUCCAAAAGCAAGUUUAAAGGCAACUUCUGAAGAAAUUCCAGUAAAAACGCACAAAAAUCCUAUUUCUCGAUAUUAUAAUGCGAAAAUUUUACUGAGUUUGAUAUCAAUAUUGAUCGUAGUUGUGGUCGUUACUGCCUUAAUUGUCACUGCCAAGUACAAUAUUGGUCCUACUUACGGAAAAUUUAGGAAUUCCUUACAACAAAUUAACAUAUAG